GCAGAACGAAACGGUGGCCAAACUGGUCUGAAAACACGGAAGUCAGUGUUUGUCCUACUCGACAAAAGCGCUUCUUUAAGGCAAAUUAAUGUGAUAAAUAAACUAAUAAAUAAUUUUUUUUGAAAGAGAGGAGACAAGCGACACCAUGAAAUAUCCUCGUAUCCUAAGUGUGGCUGUUGCUUCUUAAAGUGCUGAACCGUUCUCGAAGGUUAAAAGGAUGGAUAUGAGCAGAGCAGACGAAGAUUCGUACACGAAUAAUCUCAUCGGGACUUUGCUUGCCAUAUUUGGAAAUGUGCUUGUCAGCAUCUCCUUAAAUAUUCAGAAAUACGGCCAUGUGACCAUCGUGGGAGCCAAGGACCCACGUGUCUUCUACCACACAAAAACCUGGUGGUUUGGCUUUUUUCUCACCACUCUGGGCGAAGCAACCAACUUCGUGUCAUAUGCUUUUGCUCCCCUCAGCCUCGUAGCACCUCUCAAUGUCGUCUCCAUACUGACAAGCUUCAUUUUGGGUUUUAUUUUCAUGCAUGAGAAAUCAAAGGCAAAGGACUUUGCAAAGCACCACGGGCUGUCCUUCUUGGGCUCUGUCUUAGCUGUGGCAGGGGCGUACCUCUUUGUGGCGUUUGGGCCAAACACGCAUGGAAAACUGACAGCGGAAGUUGUAGUGAAACAUCUCGUCGGAUGGCCCGUUCUCUUAUAUCUGGUCCUGGAGAUCAUCACGUUCUGCCUGCUUUUAUAUUUCUACAAACAGAGAAAUGCAAACUACCUCGUCAUCAUCCUGCUGCUGGUUGCUUUGUUGGGUUCAGUCACAGUCAUCUCUGUGAAGGCCGUGUCCCACAUGUUGAUAUUGACUCUUGAGGGUUCCAUGCAGCUUUACUACCCCAUCUUCACCGUCAUGUUUGUGUGCAUGGUGUCUACAGUUGUCUUCCAAGCCAGUUUUCUCUCCCAAGCUUGCAAGCUGUACGACUCGUGCUUGAUCGCCAGUGUUAAUUACAUCCUGUCCACCAUCUUUGCAGUCUUAGGAGGAGCUGUGUUUUACUUGGAAUUUAGUCAUGAAGACAUCCUUCACAUCAGCAUGUUCUUAUUGGGAACUGCGGCAUGCUUCCUGGGUGUCUUCCUCAUCACCAGAACCAGGAAAAAGAACAAGAGCUUUGAGCCUUACGUCACCAUGAAUAUGAGUAAUGGUGUACCGACCAUUCACAGCAACGGUCCGGAGGUCCCGACUGAGUUCAGCGGUAGUUUCUCUUAUGGCGCUCUGGUCAACAGUGACAGAACCAGUUCUUCUAAUCAGCCCGUCAACACGGAGGAACCCACCACCGGCUUCAGACCCACACGGGCAUCUGGUGGGCUUCCAAACAGGAAGCAACAUUAGCAGCAAGCUUUUACUCUGUAGGUUUUUUUUUAUUUAUUUUUUUGUUAUUUUUAUUUAUUUUAUUUUUUUACAGAGGAAUCGCCAAAGUCAAACAAUCCAUUCAAUGAUUGGAGAAAAGUUCCUAUUUGAGGGAAAUUAAUUACUUCAUUCAAGACUAAAAUGAUAACCAUCAUAAAACCUUUACUGAGUCGAAAUUGCACCGGAUAACCACUGAUGCGAACGAAGGCGUGCAUGUUCUUUUUAGGGCGAGGGGAUACUCCUGCAGAAUGUCAACUGCGUCACUGGGCCCUGUUUUAGCCACACCCAAAAACAAAUCAGGAAAACUGAAAUGGUGUGAAAUAGUUUAGCGCUAUAUCCCCACAAUUCGGUAUUACAUAGUUCUCAGUCUUUGCACAUUUUUUCAGCAAUUGUCUUCAAACAUGUAUGAUGUAUUUAGACCUAAAUUUACUUAACCAAGGGACGGGCAAACCUUUGUGCUAGGUCUACAUUUGAUUCUUAAAAUGGGCAAAAAAAAGCAACAACAAAAAAGUUAAAAUGUCUACAAUACUUUAUUUUAAACAUAAAAUACCAAUUCGUUUCAAUUUGUGUAAUUCAAUUAGGUUCACCAGCCAAUUAAUAAAAAUAAAAUGGGGUAAACGUAUAUAAAAUGGUUGUAUUAUUUACAAUAAUCUAUUUCAUGGUUUAAUGAGAUAAGUGAAUAAAAAAUAAAACUACAAUUUGUUUUACUUUGGUGAUUCCACUGUUUUUGUGUCUGCCUAAUUAACUAAGGAUUCCCUAAGAGGGAGCUUGACAAACUUAACAUACAAUCAUGCUCAGGACCAGCAAAACAACUUUUAAAGUGCUUUUUAAACAGUACAUGUGGAAAAGUGAUUUGUGCCUUGAAGCUUACCGCAUGCAUAGGGUUGGCAAUAUAAGAGCAGACUUCAUACUGUUAAAGGAGUUUUUCUAUGUCCUUAAUGAUCUCCACAAGCUGCUGAAGCCUUGCCAUUGAUUGCUUUGAAUUCAGGAGUUUCUGUAAAUUACAACCCCAAUUCCAAUGAAAUUUGGACGACGUGUUAAACAUUAACUAAACAACAUUAACUUAGAAUUUUAUGGCUGCAACACGUUCCAAAAAAGCUGGGACAGGUGGCAAAAAAGACUGAGAAAGUUGAGGAAUGCUCAUCAAACACCUGUUUGGAACAUCCCACAGGUGUACAGGCUAAUUGGGAACAGGUGGGUGCCAUGAUUGGGUAUAAAAGGAGCUUCCCUGAAUUGCUCAGUCAUUCACAAGCAAAGAUGGAGUGAGGUUCACCUCUUUGUGAACAAGUGCGUGAGAAAAUAGUCAAACAGUUUAAGGACAAUGUUCCUCAACGUACAAUUGCAAGGAAUUUAGGGAUUUCAUCAUCUACGGUCCAUAUCAUCAUCAAAAGGUUCAGGGAAUCUGGAGAAAUCACUGCAUGUAAGCGGCAAGGCCAAAAACCAACAUUGAAUGCCCGUGACCUUCGAUCCCUCAGGGGGCACUGCAUCAAAAACCGACAUCAAUGUGUAAAGGAUAUCACCACAUGGGCUCAGCAACACUUCAGAAAACCAAUGUCAGUAAAUACAGUUCGGCGCUACUUUCGUAAGUGCAACUUGAAACUCCACUAUGCAAAGCAAAAGCCAUUUAUCAACAACACUCAAAAACGCUGGUGGCUUCUCUGGGUCCAAGCUCAUCUAAGAUGAACUGAUGCAAAGUGGUAAAGUGUUCUGUGGUCUGACGAGUCCACAUUUCAAAUUGUUUUUGGAAAUUGUGGACAUCGUGUCCUCCGCGCCAAAGACGAAAAGAACCAUCCAGACUGUUAUGGAUGCAACGUUCUAAAGCCAGCAUCUGUGAUGGUAUGGGGCUGUGUUAGUGCCAAUGGCAUGGCCAACUUACACAUCUGUGAAGGUACAAUUUAUGCUGAAAAGUACGUACAGGUUUUGAAGAAACAUAUGCUGCCAUCCAAGCGACAUCUGCUUAUUUCAGCAAGACAAUGCCAAACCACAUUCUGCACAUGUUACAACAGCGUGGCUUCGUAGUAAAAGAGUGCGAGUACAAGACUGGCCUGCCUGCAGUCCAGACCUGUCUCCCAUUGAAAAUGUGUGGCGCAUUAUGAGGCGUAAAUUACGACAACUGAGACCCCGGACUGUUAAACAGCUGAAACUGUACAUCAAGCAAGAAUGGGAAAGAAUUCCACCUACAAAGCUUCAACAAUUAGUGUCCUCAGUUCACAAACGUUUAUUGAAUGUUGUUAAAAGAAAAGGUGGAUAUAACACAGUGGUAAACAUGACCCUGUCCCAGCUUUUUUGGAACGUGUUGCAGCCAUAAAAUUCUAAGUUAAUGAUUAUUUGCUAAACACAAUAAAGUUUAUCAGUUUGAACAUUAAAUAUAUUGUCUUUGUAGUGUAUUCAAUUAAGUAUAGGUUGAACAUGAUUUGCAAAUCAUUGUAUUCUGUUUUUAUUUAUGUUUAAAACAACAUCCCAACUUCAUUGGAAUUGGGGUUGUAGUACCGGUAUCUGCCUUUUUAAGACGUCUCCCCAAGCGCAGUGUUCACUUCUGCCUCUUCUUUUUGGGGUUGUAUUGCUACUUUUUUUUUCGUUUUUUGUGAAAGGGACGAAUGCAAACGCUUUAAUUUAUUGUAUUUAUUGAUUUAUUGUGCUUUAAAGAGGAGUUGCGCUACACUAAAUAUAAACAGGCAAUCCCCUAUGUCUACAAAAUGAAUUUAGGUGUGCCAGCAUUAGGAGUGAUCUUGUUUUGUAUAUGAUUGACAAAAAAACAAAAGUCAUAGUUUGACAAUGUUGGCACUUUGAGGUGAGAAAUAUUUAGGCUAAAUUCUCCUUUUCCCUCAAGAUCAGAAAGGUUCUGAUUCAUGCUGUUUUGCUGACCUAACAACAUGGGUUUCUACUUGAAUCAAACUCCCAAAUUAAAUACAAUAUGCUCA